AUGGGUAAGAAAGGUAAAGCCAAUAAAUUGGCUAAAAUGUCUGAAGAAGAACGGGCGAGGUAUUUGCAAUUGCGUGCUGACAUUGAAGAGGAAGCAAGACGUCGUAAAAUGCAAUUGCUAUCACUUUUUAUGAAAAAUAAAUUAAAACGUGAGGAUGCAUUUUGUCGUUUAAAUUUGGCAAAGAUUAAUCAGGAGUGGCGGUCCUUACUGCGACAAAUAAAAUGUGAUGAGCUGCGAAAUGAAAUUAUGGAAGUGGAAAAGUUUUUCGAAGAGGCGCUUGAAAGAAAAAAUCAAACAAUUAAUCGGUUAUUCGAUGAGUUAGAUUUGGCAGAAGACAUGUAUGGUACAAUGCAACAAUCCCAUAUGGAAACCAUCAACUCUUUUAUAGGAAGACAACAAGAACGGACCGAUUUCUUUCGAAACCAGUAUAUGCAUCAGCAAACAACUGUUUUGGAUCAAUAUAAGGAAGAUGUGGUCCAGUUUAAGAAAAGUGGUGACCGUUCGCUCCAACAAUUAGAAAGCAUAUAUUACCAAUUGAAAUCGCAUACCGACAAAGAAAAGGAAGAGUCACAGGAAGAACAACAAAAACGUGUGGAUGAUGUGAAAAGUACAAUUACUUUACGCUUGGAAAAUAUCACGAAAGUUGGAGAAUUGAAGCUUGAAAACCUCUGGCAAGAAUAUCAAGAUGUUUUGUCUGCUUAUAUGCGGCGCAAUGAGGGCUUUUAUGCGGAAUAUGUGGAUCUUAAAGAACGAGAUGAAGAGAGUACUACGCUUAUCAGAACACAAUGCUAUGAAAUGGAAAAAGCUACUGAACAUUUAAGUCGUCUAAAACUUAAGUACUCUGAUUUAACUGAUAAGAAUGACGUCAAAAUGAAGUAUUUGACAAAGUUAAGAAGCGAUUUAUGUGAACGUUUGGCUAAUUUGAAACAAACUGCUAAUAAAGAAAUCGAAGACGGAAAUAAGAAAUUUAAACUGAUGAGCGUAACUAGUCAUAUUGCAUUAAAGCAUAUAGAAAAAAUUGCUGCUCAAGGAGAGCGACUUAUGCAAAUGGCUGCCAUAUGCCGUAACUAUGAAAAGGAAAAAGAGAUACUAGCACCCUUUGGACUUCCACCAAUAUCUCGGGAGAUGUUUGUGAAUACAGAGGAGGAACUUGCACAAGCUCCAGAUAUGUUAAAAGAUAAAAAAUUAGGUAGAUGGCAUUUGAUGGAGAAAUUUUGGCGACGGGUUAAUAAUGUCAUAAUCGACAAUGCCUACCUUAAAAAGGAGAAAAAACAAUUGGAAGAUGAAAAUGCACAAUUGAAAGCAAAAUUGCAAGAACAUUUAGUUAAUCUAAAUCUUAGCAGUGGUUCCAAUGCACAUAUAGAUGAAUAUUUACUAAAAAGACCCAGUAGUAUGAGAGUUGAUCGUGUAGUGCAGAUUGACCUUGAAAGGAAACCUAAAAGCCAAAGCGCUAAUGUUAACCAUGAACGCUACCGACGACCCUUGACUUCCUGCCUUGAAGCAAAUUUUACAAAUGCCGUACGUUCGAAGCAAUUGGCUAUUUUCAUAAAUAAUAGAGAAGACGUAGAGAGUGAAGAAGAACAAGUAAAAGGUCUAACAGUGUUAAUUGCAUUUAAUAAAUUAAAAGGUGAACCGAAAUGUGGUGUCCCGAAACCUAAUGACGCUAACAAUAAAUUACUGUAA